CGUGCAACGUGUGAUUACAUCAGAGUACAAAUCAAUAUCACAAAUCAACACGAAUUUGUAAGUUGCACUUGUACCCCGAGGCUGAUGCUGCAGCACUUGUUUUUCAUUGCUGGAGCUGAAUGCUGAAGGUAUUUCAAGAUGUCAAGUCAUCACGCAAAGCUGGUCAUUCCCUAUGGCCUGAAGACGCUGCUGGAAGGGGUCAGCAGAGCUGUGAUGAAGAGACAGCCAGAAAACAUUCCAAAGUUUGCUUCUUGCUACUUUACAGAACUACUGAAGUUCAGAGACGAAAAUCCUUCUCUUGACAUAAUGGGCCUAGAAAAUGAAUUUCGGCGAAUUCACGAUUUGGGGUCUUCGUUUGAGGAACACAGACUUGGGGUGGCAGCUUUUCACAAUGAUUCACCAGCUUCUGAAGAGCAGGGAACCCAUUCCAAUACGUAUACUUUUGAAUCAGGCAUUGUGAGGAGCCCUUACAGUGAUCAAGACCCAAACACCAGAUGUGCUGUUCAGUCAGUGUUUGAAAGAGUGCCGUCAGGCAUAUAUGAGGCCACCUCAAACUCAGUGUUACUUAAAACACCUGAUGUUCCUCAUGAGGAUGUAAUAACUGUUCAUUCUGAGAAUGUUCCAGAAUCAUUAAUAUUCCAUAAAGUUAAGGAAGAAUCUUGUACAAGGCAGAGUUUAUUGGGUUUUGAUGAAUCAACUGCUAAACACAAAAAUGCUCAGGACGGGGAGUCAGCACCAGGAAAGGAAUACCAAGCAGUAGUGUUCCAAAGAGUUCCUUCAGCCAUUCAGCUGGCUACUCCUUCAGCUGCUCAAGAAACAGUCAAUCAGGAUACACCUGUGAAUGCUAUGGAACAUUCAUCAGCAGAAGCGCCUUCCCUUCAUCGCAAAACUUCAAUUUCUGGUGUUGAGGUACCUCCUGAAAAAGCAGAGAUUGAACAGGAAUGUGUCACUGCACAGCAACAGAUAGCUGUAGAUUUACCCACUGAGGCUGGCCGCCAGCCUGAAAACCCUACUCAGGAUGAUGCAGAAGAAGUUUGGAUGCUUUAUCGUCUAGCAGAUUUUGGGACACUUGGAAAUAUGAUGCAGGCUCAUCAGUAUGGUUCAUCAAUGCGACCAUUUGUACCAGAAAAGUUAUUGUCUUUUCACCCAAUGUACCAGGGCAUUUACCCAGUGCAGGGAGUAUUCCCAGGAGCUGGUUUUAUACCUAUUCAGACUUUUCCAACAAGUCAAUUGUCCUGUCCCAACCUUGCCAAUAUUCUUACACAAAGAAGACCAAGCGCCCCUCAGUUUGUUUUGGUAAAUUCUCCUUCUGAAGAACAGAACAUGAAAUUAGUUGCUCCUCCUGCUGGUAAAACGACUAAAGUACCUUCACAGAGACCAGGUACUCCCAGAUUAAUUUUCUGUUUCCAUACCUAUUGACAAAGUUCAACCUCAAGUAUGGGGACCUGGCCAAUUGUCUUUCCAGGUGGUUGCUAUUGAAAUUAACCAACUUAGUCAAUAUGAAUUGAAAAAGCAGAAUAUUUUGUGGCAUACUUCACAUACAGUUACAAACACUGGUUAGUUAGAUCUUGCUGUGCAUUUGCCAAACUAAAAUGACUAUACACUCAAUAAUAUUAAAACAUGUAUGUCAGUGACAUUCAUCCAAAUCUCUGUUUCUAAAUUCAAUAUUAUAGCUACUGGUAACAUAAAAAACAUAUAUAAUAAUAACUGCACAUUUAAUAACUUAGGGAUAAGCUAAUGCAUCUCUGCAAUAUCUAUUAAAAUAUCUAUAAUUUCAAAAGCUUUGGAAAUAUGAUUCUCUCUUCUUUAGUAUUGUAUAUCCCACAUUUUUAAUGUACCGUACUUUUCAUCUUGAGAAAUUCUGAAUCACAUUUUUUUUUUUCUUUAUUUCUUACUUUCAAUACAGUGUACAGGCAAUAUUUAUUUUAUCUGAAGGGGCAAAAUCAACCCUUAUGGAGAUCUCAUUAUAAUCGCAUCAACUUAUAUUUUUAUUGUCUUUGUAAUAGGUACAGAGAAAAACAACGGGACUCAUUAAACAGAGGACUGAAGGACCCACCCAAUUCCUC